GAAAGUUAGAUGCGCUUAGGCUUGUUUUUUGCCAUCUCGAAGGUGAUUUUUUGACUUCCUCUGAACCGGAAAAAUGUACGCAGCUGUUACGCUCUUCGUCUUCAUGUGCUUGACUGCUACCACCCAUGCAGAGCACCAUCAGCCUUGUCAUUCACCCAAUAUGACAGGAUUCAUGACUGUGAUCUCCCAAAAAGCCGGGGUGAAGGCAUUUGGUGCAUUCACUUACGAUUCAAUGGGCAAAAAACUACGGUUCAGAUCAAACGAGAGCCACCCCAUAAACACCUCUGUAGGUUUGGAUCUAUUGAUGUUUUUUGAAGAGGGAAUAUUCUACGAGAUCGACAGCAAAAACCAGAGCUGCGAGAAAAAAGCCUUGCAAUGCACGAUGCAUCCUCUAGAUGUUCCUGAUGACGCCACGUUUGUUUCUACACUACACUCUGGGAGUUCAUCCAUUGAAGGGGAGGGACUGAAAGUCAAUGCAUGGUCAGGAUCAAUGCCAGACUCGAAAGGCUACUAUUCCAUGUUUGUCACCAUGGGAUGUUUGCCUGUGACCACAUUGUACUUCAGUGAGUCCACACCAUUCUUAUUCAGCAACACGGACAUUGAACUCGAGAUCAAGGAUCCUGAUCUCCUCGUGGUGCCUUCCUUUUGCCUGGGACAGCCUCUGGAGGAGACAGCUGAAGGGACAGUAAACAGUUUCCUCAAUGAGUUCAUGUAGGUGAAUCCUCACCAGCAGAAAAAUCAAACCCCUAUCCAAGUGUGGCCUGCCAGAACUUUAGACUGUUCUCUCCUUUCACGUGUUUUCAUGUGACACUGCACUGCAUCACAUCUGUCUCCAUCACAACUUCCACUCCCCUAUGAAGAUAUGGCUUUGAAUGGAUCAUACUGUAUACAUACAUUCUGAUGUAAAGGAAAGAGAUUUGACAUGGAUUAUAGAAGUAGUCAUAAUUACUAACAGUUGGUGGCUUUUCAAGUUGGUACUGCUUACAAAACCUGUAAGAAAUGAUUAAUGGAACAAUAAAAUGUCAAAGCUGUCAAA